AUGUUUUCGACUCUGGGAUCUUCCUCCGUCGGCAUCGGAUCGAUCGUCAAACCCUCGUCCUCGACCUCGGCCCUGACCCCGUCCACCGCCGUCAACGCCAGCGCGCCGGGCGCCGGGGCCCCUGCAUCCUCCUCCUUCGAAUUCCCCCGCGAAUACCACUUCCCGCCGUUCUUCACCAAGCAGACGAACCUGACCACGCGCCACAGCCAGCUGGAGAAGUGGUCCUCCCUCGUGCUGGCCUACUGCCGGCACCACCGGCUCUUCAAGCUCUCCCUCUCCGCCCUGUCCUCCUCGGCCUACGCCUCGGCCGCCAACCCCGCCCCCGCGACCGCCGCGGCCUCUUCGUCGCCCGGGCCGUCCGGCGGCGCCGAGGACCUCUUCUACAACCGCCGCAUCAACCGCCACCUCAGCGUCGCCGACGCCCGCGAGGUCCUCGAGUUCAUGCGGCGCGACGGCCGCGCCGAGUACGUCGGCGGCGGCAGCGCCAAGGACGGCGGCGACGUCUUCUGGAUCCACUGGCGCACCCCCGAGGAGUGGGCGGAGAUGGUCGACAGCUGGGUCGACGAGACGGCGCAGAAGGGCACCGUCCUGACGCUGUACGAGCUAACCGACGGCGAGGCUACCAGGGGCACCGAAUUUCACGGCCUCGAUACGGAUCUGCUCCAGAAAGCACUACAGGUCUUGGUCAAACGCGGCAAGGCACAGAUAUUCGGACAGGAGGACCAGCAGGGCGUCAAGUUCUUCUGA